AUGUUCGUGGAGGCCUUCCAUAAUCGUUUGAAAACGUUCUAUAUGGACAGGAAACCAAACAAACGCGUUGACGACCUUCUGAACCUGCUGCUGAGAAUUGAAGAGGAGGAUUUCGUCCGCAGACUCAAGGCCACCCAGUACACUCCAACGGUCCAAGAGAAGCCAAAAAGCGACACCAGAGAGACACGGCACAAGAGAGGCCUAAAGAUAAAAGAUGAAUCCCUCGAUACGCUGGACCAAAACCACUGGCAUGUCAGAUCGCAAACUGACGAAUCCGUCUGGCACACGGUCACUGCCAUUCAGGAUGAAUGUUCCGAGGACCACUGUUUUGAGAAGUGUCAUGAGGUUGCCUGCGUUGGUCUCUGUGGACACAUGUACCAUUGCAAUUGUGAUGAUUCUUCCCUCCUUUGCAAGCACAUUCACAAGGUGCAUGCUUUCCUCAUACGAAUCAAGCAAAAAGCAAGCAAAGAUCGUCCUGCCCUUGAUGAUGACGUUGCCACCGACCCAGAUGAUAUCGAUUUCAUCAACCUACAUGCCACAGUGGAACUGUCGACUCCUGUGGAGAAGGGAGUCCUCCCCACCCCUACGGAGAAACUACUCGAGUCCACAAAAGGAGAUAUCGCAAAGUUAGGGGAACUUAUUGGACAUGAAGCUGUCACCCAAAUACUGCCACACAUCAGCGGAACGAUCAAAAACUUGCUGGCUCAGUGUAACGCUGUGAUAAAUGCCGUCCGCGAAGCCCCCACCCAACCAAUGCCACAAUCGAAAAUAGCACCGAACCAAAGAUUAGAACUACAGCCAAUGAAGAGACCACCAAAACGAAAACCACCACCCUCUGUUUUCACCCUGCCAUCUCGAGCACAGAAGAAAGACAUCUCUUCAUCUCUUAUCACUACAACUACAACAGUACAGCCGCCAGUAAUUAAGAAGAGCAAACUUAGUCUUAAUAGAAAUCCCACCGUCAAGGCCAAACCAUUAAUGCCGGUACCAAUCAGGACAAAACCAACUGUACCGGUACCAACUUCAGCACCAUUAAAGACACCAUCGAAGUCCAGCUUCACACCCUGUUGGUCUUCAGUGCCAGACCCCACCGAGAUCAUCUUGCGGAAUGGACCCCACGGCCUGACGAUGUUAGAUGUGAAGUCUUUGGAGCCUGCAAUUUCUAGAGGGGAACUGCUGUCUGCCACAAGUAUGUGGCCGAUAUUGCAGUCUCAAGCACAAAUGCAGCCUCUGGCGGGAAAAGGUGUGUGUGCGGUCAUGGAUCAGACCAAAUUUGGCUAUCAACCCAGGCCGGUUAGUCACCCGUUGUGGGUAGCCAGAAUAGUGCUCACAGAGAGUUAA